AUGACCACCUCCGUGGAUGUCCUGGUCUCCAUCUGUGUGAUCUUUGCCAUGUCCUUUGUUCCUGCCAGCUUUGUGAUAUUCCUUAUUCAGGAACGUGUCAGCAAGGCUAAACACUUGCAGUUCAUCAGUGGUGUGAAGCCUGUGAUCUACUGGCUGGCCAACUUUGUCUGGGAUAUGUGCAACUAUAUUGUUCCAGCCACACUAGUGAUCAUCAUCUUCAUCUGCUUCCAGCAGAAGUCGUAUGUAUCCUCUUCCAACUUGCCUGUGCUGGCUCUCCUUCUGUUUCUCUAUGGGUGGUCCAUCACCCCUCUCAUGUAUCCAGCCUCCUUCGUGUUCAAAAUCCCCAGCACAGCGUAUGUUGUGCUGACCAGCAUGAACCUCUUCAUUGGCAUUAAUGGUAGUGUGGCCACCUUUGUCCUGGAGCUCUUCACCAACAACCAGAAGCUGAACAAUAUCAAUGACAUCCUGAAGUCUGUCUUCCUUAUCUUCCCCCACUUCUGCCUCGGGCGGGGACUUAUUGACAUGGUGAAAAACCAGGCCAUGGCUGAUGCUCUGGAGAGAUUUGGAGAGAAUCGUUUUGUGUCCCCUCUGUCCUGGGACCUGGUGGGAAGGAACCUCUUUGCAAUGGCAGUAGAGGGCGUGGUCUUCUUCCUCAUUACAGUGCUCAUCCAGUACAGGUUCUUCAUCAAACCCAGGCCUGUUUAUGCCAAGCUGCCUCCUGUGAAUGAUGAAGAUGAGGAUGUAACCAGAGAGAGACAGAGAAUAAUUAGUGGAGGAGGACAGAGUGACAUCUUGGAAAUAAAGGAGCUAACCAAGAUCUACAGAAUGAAGCGAAAGCCAGCAGUUGAUAGGAUCUGUGUUGGAAUCCCCCCUGGAGAGAGGAUAUUGAACCCUCAGUGUCUGGAACCAGAGGCCAAACUCUGGUACCCUCCAAGGUUUGGCACAGAUAUGCUGUGGUGGUACUACAUCAAGUGCUUUGGACUCCUGGGAGUAAAUGGUGCUGGCAAGUCAUCCACUUUUAAGAUGCUGACUGGAGAUACAGAUGUGACAGGAGGAGAAGCUUUCCUGAAAGGAAACAGUAUUUUGUCCAACAUCCAAGAAGUCCAUCAGAAUAUGGGCUACUGCCCACAGUUUGAUGCUGUUAAUGAACUGCUGACAGGGCGAGAGCACUUGGAGUUCUUCGCCCUCCUGAGAGGUGUUCCAGAGAAAGAAGUCUGCAAGGUUGGUGAGUGGGCAAUUCGGAAGCUCGGCCUUGUGAAAUAUGGAGAAAAAUAUGCUGGAAAUUACAGUGGAGGGAACAGGCGCAAGCUCUCCACAGCCAUUGCCCUCAUUGGAGGGCCACCUGUUGUGUUCUUGGAUGAGCCAACAACAGGGAUGGAUCCAAAAGCACGCCGUUUCUUGUGGAACUGUGCUCUGAGUGUAAUCAAGGAGGGGAGAUCAGUAGUGCUCACAUCCCACAGCAUGGAAGAAUGUGAAGCGCUGUGCACUCGGAUGGCGAUAAUGGUCAACGGACGGUUCAGGUGCCUGGGCAGUGUCCAGCAUCUAAAGAACAGGUUUGGAGAUGGUUACACCAUAGUGGUGAGAAUUGCAGGGGCUAACCCAGACCUGAAGCCUGUUGAGGAGUUCUUUGGGCAUGCCUUCCCUGGAAGCGUCCUAAAGGAAAAGCAUCGGAAUAUGCUGCAGUACCAGCUUCCCUCUUCACCAUCCUCCCUGUCCAGAAUAUUCAGUAUUCUCUCCCAAAACAAAAAGAGACUCCACAUAGAAGACUACUCCGUUUCUCAGACCACGCUUGACCAAGUAUUUGUAAAUUUUGCUAAGGACCAAAGCGACGAUGACCACACUAAGGACCUGUCAUUGCACAAAAACCAGACUGUGGUAGACAUUGCAAUCCUUAAUUCCUUCCUGCAAGAUGAGAAGGUGAAAGAAAGUUGUGUGUGAGCCAAUUUCAGCAAAGAAAUUAUGAGCAGAAUGCAAACUUCCUUUUCCUGGGAUAGGAUACUCCCAAAGAAGAAGAUAGAGGAAGAGAAACUGGACACUCUACUGAUAACCAUUCAAUGCAAUGCAAUUCAAUGCAAUGAAAACAAAAUUCCUUUACAGGGGCAGUGCCUCAUGGAGUCGUCUUGUACUGUUCUCAAGUGAAAAACUUGAACUUAGCUCAUUACAGUAUAACUCUGAAGCUGUGGUAAAGCACCCACCAGAUGCUGUGGGCUUUGAAAUAUACUGUAUCUCGUCCUGUACAGUAUAAUUUUACUAGGGUUGCAAAAAUAGCUCAUUUGAGGAAUCAUGGCCAGUGGUUAUUUAUAGAUAUUUUAGACAUGCAUGUUUUAGUCUUUAAAACAUUCAUGUCAGGAGUUGGGAA